UGGUGAUGGAACAAUACGUAAAACUGCUGAAAUAUGGAAGAAAUGGAAUGCAGCUAAUGGAAAUAAUUUACAUGGCUUGCAGUUACGUAUUCUGAGGCGUGGGCUUGAAAUGCUAGCUCCAAGUGGUCGAAUUGUAUAUUCAACAUGUUCUUUAAAUCCCAUUGAGAAUGAAGCUGUAAUUUCUACAAUUUUGCAGGAAGCUAAAGGAACAGCUGAAUUGCUCGAUGUUGGUUCAUCUUUACAAGGUUUAAAAACUUGUCCUGGUCUUUCUUACUGGAAGGUGGCAAACAAGGAAUUGGAAUUUUUUGAGAAGUUUGAAGAAGUUCCGGAGAAAAAUCUAACUCAUAUUAGGCCUCAUAUGUUUCCUCCUUGCAGUGAAGUUCUACAGGAUUUGCAUUUAGAGCGGUGCUUGCGUGUCUUACCUCAUCAUCAAGAUACUGGAGGUUUUUUUGUUGCUGUCAUUCAGAAGACUAAUAAGCUGCCUUGGGAAAAGACAUCAGAUGAUGUAAAGCAGAAUAGAGAUAGGAGCCCUCCUCCCAAAAAAAGAAAAAUAUGGGGAUACAAAGAAGAUCCAUUUGUUUUUUUAGAAGACACUGAAGAAAUCUGGCCUAAAAUAAGAGAUUUUUACAAAUUAGAGGAUUUUCCUGCUGCACAGCUUCUCAGCAGGUGUAGAGAAGGGAAAAAACGAAAUUUAUAUUUCACUUCAAGUUUGGUGAAGAACAUUAUUGAAGAAAAUUCUCAAAAUCUAAAGAUAAUAAAUACUGGCAUCCGUAUUUUCUGCAGAAGUGAAAACAAAGAUACUACAUGCAUAUUUAGAUUGACCCAAGAAGGCAUACAAACAAUUUUGCCUUUCAUGAGAGACAGGAUGAUGGAAGUCAAUAGAGAUGAUCUUAUAUUACUGCUUACAAAUGAGUAUCCUGCCCAUACUUUAUUUAGUGAAGAGACACAGAAAAAACUCUCUAACACUGAUUCAGGAUGCCUGGUAUUGUGUUACACUGGAAAUAAAGGAGCUGAAGAUGAAUUUAAGAUUGAGUUGUGUGGAUGGAAAGGAAAUCAAACUUUACGAUGUUAUGUACCAAAAGUAGGACGAGCACAUUACUUGAGGAUAUGUGGAGUUGAUGUAUCUGAAUAUGGUAAAAUUUUAUUAUUAUUUUUAUCUUAA